UGAAUCGCGUGCAAGAGAUCGGCGAAGACGUCCGCCGCAAGAAAUCCUCUCUCUCUCUCUCUUUCUCUCUCUCUCUCGCAAUCUCCAUUUCCUUCACGCCAUCUCAAAUCCUUUCUCCCAAGCCUUCAAACUCCACUUUCGCUCUUUCCUCCUUGUCUUCCUCAGCUUUCGGCUCUGCAUUGGUUUCUGAUCGGACAAUAUUCCCUCAAUGUGACUUCUGCUGGCAGUGUCUGCUGUAACUAAUUUUGGGGAUUCGGAACUAAACUGGCGGAGUUUUAUUUUCUGCCCCGAUACGGUAAAAUUUGGCGGGAAUUAUUUGUGUAUUGCUUGUGUUGUGUAGUGAGUUAGCGAUUCACAAUGUUGGGAGAAAUAAUGGUUCGAUGCCUUCUGAUGCUGUUCGGCUAUGCAUAUCCAGCGUUUCAAUGCUACAAAACGGUUGUGCAGAGCCGGAUUCAUAUCCGAGAGCUUCAAUUCUGGUGUCAAUUUUGGAUCAUUGUGGCCAUUUUAACGGUUGUUGAGAGGAUUGCUGACACUUUAGUCGCAUGGAUGCCCAUGUAUGGAGAACUGAAGCUGGCUCUGUUUAUCUAUUUGUGGUAUCCAAAGACUAAGGGAACAGGCUAUGUGUUCCACACUUUGCUACGGCCCUUGGUAGAUAAUCACGAAAUAGAUAUUGAACAGAAGAUGGUGGACUGGAGAGUCAAGGCCUGGGAUUUGGCCUUGUUCUACUGGAGAAACUGCACUGAGUUGAGCCAAUCUGCUAUCGUCCAAGUUAUUAAUUACAUGGCCUCUAAGCCUGCAGCAGCCCCACAAGCCAGGAGGAACGAGCACCAUCAACAUUCAAGCGCGCCGCCACCUCCACCUCCUAACGACCUGCCUUCAUUCUUCCGGCAAGCUCCAAGGCAGAGCAAAGACUCGGGCAGAAGUAAGGCCAGGAAGUGGUUUCCAAGUCCCCCUACUCUGCUCCGUUCCAGUCGUCGGCGUUCCACAACCACGGCGGAGGAAUUUGAUGUGCAAUUUCCCCUCCACGACCAAACAAACUAUUUUUAUAGAGAUCAAAAUCACUACCAAGCUCGAUUCAGAGGAUCGAAAACGACCCAUUAGAAGUUGCCAAACAAAACU